CUUGAAAAGAAGAGGAAGAAUUUGAAAGAAAGGAAAAUGCUUUGCCGGAAAAGCUCAAGCUUUGUGGAUAGAGGAAAUGUUCCGGUUUACCUCAAUGUUUACGAUUUAACUCCCAUUAAUGGCUAUGCUUACUGGCUUGGUCUUGGCGUUUACCAUUCCGGUGUUGAAGUUCAUGGUAUAGAGUAUGCUUUUGGAGCUCAUGAGUAUCCAAGCACUGGAAUUUUCGAAGGGGAGCCAAAGCAAUGUGAAGGCUUUACGUUUAGGAAAUCGAUUUUGAUUGGUAAAACGGAUCUUGGUCCUUUGGAAGUGAGAGCUACUAUGGAGCAACUUGCUGACAACUACAAAGGAAGUUCUUAUAAUCUCAUCACCAAGAACUGCAACCAUUUCUGCGAUGAAACUUGUAUCAAGCUAACUGGGAAUCCAAUUCCUAGUUGGGUUAACCGCCUUGCAAGAAUCGGCUUUAUGUGCAACUGUGUGCUUCCUGCGACCAUAAACGCGACCAGGUUUGGAAACAACAGAAUCAAUCAAGACAAAUCAUGUGAAGCAGAAUCUGAGAAGAAGAAACUGACCAGUGUAUCGAGCAGAGAGAGGUCUACGAUUGCUACUCCUUCGUCGUCUUCUUCAUCUCCUUCAGUUCAAGUCCGCGGUCGAAGCAGGAAAAGGCGUCCUCGUGCUCUGCAACCUUCAUCGCCAUUGACUCUCGGAUCUUCCUCCGUUUGACUAUAAAUAAAAUGAGAUUUGGCUU